CGUCCUUCCCUCUUGUCGUACAUUCCCAUUUCCUUGAAAACUCGAGCCUCAUUGCCUUCACGACAUCAUUACAUACCAGGAUCUUGCUGGGAGUUCUUAACGACAGAGCAAAGUGUAUCCCAACGGAAAUCGUUUUUCACAUCAGCGUACUUAAAGACAAAGAAGAAAGGGAAGAUGCCACCUAAAAAGAAACAAGAAGAAGUGAAGAAGGUCAUACUGGGUAGACCAAGUAAUAACUUGAAAAUCGGUAUAGUCGGAUUACCCAACGUUGGGAAAUCAUCAUUCUUCAACACUCUCUCACAGACUGAUUUGGGCAAAGCUGCCAAUUUCCCUUAUGCUACUAUCGACCCCGAAGAAGCACGUAUCCCUGUCCCCGACGAACGUUUCGACUGGCUUGUACAAUUGUACAAACCCUCAUCCAAAGUCCCCGCUUUCUUGACCUGUAUCGAUAUUGCCGGUCUCACCGCUGGCGCCUCUACCGGGGCCGGAUUGGGUAACGCUUUCUUGUCCCAUGUCCGAGCAGUGGACGGUAUCUUCCAAGUGGUCCGAGCGUUCGAUGAUGCCGAGGUCAUCCAUGUGGAAGGUGAUGUGGACCCAUUACGUGACAUGGCCAUCAUUAGCACUGAACUGAGACUGAAGGAUAUCGAAUGGGUCGAGAAAGCGUUGGAUGCCUUGAGAAAGAACAGUCGGAAUUUGGGUAGUGUCAGUUUGGCCGACAAGGCGAGGAAAGAAGAGCUGGCUACGGUCGAAAAGAUUCAUCACCUUUUGACUGAAGAGAAUAAGGAUGUACGGAAAGGGACGUGGACGAACAAAGAGAUCGAAGUCAUCAACGGUCUCACCCUUCUCACUGCCAAACCCAUCACAUAUCUCGUCAAUCUGUCCGAGCGUGACUUUGUCCGUAAGAAGAACAAAUGGCUUCCCAAGAUCAAAGCGUGGAUUGAUGAAAAUAACCCAGGUGACCUUCUUAUACCUUUCUCAGUGGCAUUGGAAGAGCGACUAGUUAAUAUGUCUGACGAGGAUAAAUUGGAUGAGGCGGAAAAGCUUGGACUGCCCCGUGCCAAUCCCAGCGCGUUGGGAAAAAUCACCACAGCUGGUUAUGCGAGUUUGGAUUUGAUCCGAUAUUUCACUUGUGGUCCACAAGAAGUGAGAGCUUGGACGAUCAGAAAGGGUACCAAAGCACCUCAAGCGGCCGGUGUAAUCCACUCGGACUUUGAGAAUAAAUUUGUUUGCGGUGAGAUCAUGGCGUAUAACGAUUUGAAAGAACAUGGGUCAGAAUCGCUGGUCAAGGCGGCUGGGAAAUUACGACAACAGGGGAAACCUUAUGAGGUGGUGGAUGGUGAUAUAUGUUAUUGGAAGUCGGGAGCGUAAGUAUUUACACGUAUGCAUGUACUUCAGCAUCG